CUAGGUCAUAGUGUUAUUAUAUAUAUAUUUUUAAAUAUAAUUGUGUACGUUGAAAUAUGUUAUUCUACGUUAAUUAACUGUCGAUUGUUCUCACAGAAAUGGUGGCAAAAACGAACCAUCUCUCAGUUAGCUAGCACACAUUAGCAAGAGAAAACAGCUAUAGCUUGCUAGCUAGUGACAUUAGUGUACAGCAUUGAAAAUAGCUAGUUAAUUAACGUUACUGGAUGUGAAGAUCCAGCAACGUAUGAAGGAGCGUUGCAGGUCGUUAUCAAACCAGAAUAUUGUGUUUCUAUUUUUGAACAGCUGUUUACAAUGGACCUUCCACAUCAUGGUUACAGAGCAAGUGGUAGUAUGAGCAACGAGGAAAAUGUCGGUUGUAUUCGCAGAAAGUUAAAAGUAUGAAUUUCAGCACCUCGCGGAAGGACCGCAGUUGUACAGGACAAACAUAAUUACAGUAAAGCCAAGAGCUCGUGCAGGUCCCCACACCAGGGACCCUCUCCUUUUUGAAGAUACCAGUUCUGCAGCGCCACCAAUGAACAAUCAGGGUUAUUACACUCCUGGAUACAACAUGGGAGGGGCUCCAGUUGGAGGACCAGGGGAUGCUGGGGUCAACAACCUGUUUGCUGACCCAAUGGCCAGUGCAGCCAUGAUGUAUGGCUCUUCCCUGGCCAACCAGGGAAAGGAUAUUGUUAACAAGGAGAUCAGCAGGUACGUGUCUGUGAACAAGCUGAAGUACUUCUUUGCCGUCGAUUCCAAGUAUGUAAUGAAGAAACUACUGCUCCUCAUGUUCCCGUACACACAUCAGGACUGGGAAGUUCGUUACCACAGAGACACUCCUCUCACACCCAGGCAUGAUGUGAAUGCACCCGACCUUUACAUACCUUCAAUGGCUUUCAUCACCUACAUUUUGCUAGCUGGGAUGGCCCUUGGCAUUCAAAAGAGGUUCAGUCCAGAGGUCCUUGGUCUGUGUGCCAGCACUGCUUUGGUGUGGGUAGUCAUAGAGGUCUUGGUCAUGUUGCUGUGUCUCUACAUUCUCUCUGUUCACUCUGACCUAUCCAUUUUUGACCUCUUUGCCUACAGUGGAUACAAAUAUGUUGGGAUGAUUUUCACAGUGCUGGGUGGUCUGCUGUUUGGCAGUGAUGGGUACUUCGUGGCUCUCACCUGGUCAUCUUGUGCUCUUAUGUUUUUCAUUGUCCGCUCUCUCAAAAUGAAGAUUCUGUCGUCUCUCUCCCAUGACUCCAUGGGGGCUGGGGCGACAGCCAAACCAAGACUCCGUCUGUACAUCACCGUGGCCACCGCAACCUUUCAGCCAAUCAUUAUCUACUGGCUCACCUCACAUCUGGUCAGGUGACCUGGUACGGGGUCUGACCCUGAGGGCCAUUGGUAUUGAACUUUAAAAAAACUAAAACAUUUUGAUGCUUUCUACAAACGUGGCUCUUGCGAGUGUCAUUUACCUACAUACCAGCUCAUCUGCCAGGGAAAACAGGAUGAUGGAUAUCGAGCUGUAUCUUGUGUUCAGCUUGUGGGUUAAAGCUUAAAAAUAACAUUUUAUUUUUUACUUCUGUAGGUGAGACUUUUGUAUGCAAGACAUCACUUGUCACAAUGAGUGUUUUACAGACAGUAAUUUUUGGCUACCUUAUUUAUAAAGAAGGGCUUUGUAUUCAUGAAAUUAUGGUUAUGAUAAACCUUUGAUGUCACACUCCAGUUCUUCCUCUAAAGUUUCCUGUGUAUGUUGUCCAUUUGGGCUUACCAGAAAUGUUGCAAUGUGGUUAAAUGGAAAAUGAUUGAGCUACUUUUUUAUUUUACGAGGUAAGUUGACUGAGAACACACAAAUUUACAGCAUUGACCUGGGGAAUAGUAACAGGGGAGAGGAGGGGUUACUUGGAGGAUGUGCUAACAGUGCCCUCUUCUGCAUUUUAGCCUUCUCUGGUAAUCCCUCCUUUUUAUUAUUUAUCUAAACUUUGUCGAGCAUGAACAAUUCAAAAAUAUAUAUAUUUUUUGUUGUAAAAAUAAAAUAGAAUUUUAACCAUG